AUUGUUUACAUGUUUUAAGAAAAGCUGUUUUAGUUACCUUGGAUAGAUCUGAGAAACUUGAAAUUGAAACAAUUAUGAUUCACAUUUUCCAACGUGCAUGUUUUUUUAUGUUUCAAUCAGGGUAUACAGAAAGAGCAUAUGCAUGUUGGCAAGCAAUGAUUGAACUAACUUUCUUUGGACCAGACUCUCAAAAUCCAAUUUUUUAUGAUAGAAUUGCAAAUUUAGAAAAUUUUUGGGAAUCUGAAAAACCACGUUUUGGAGAGAUUAAUGCUAAAGGCUGGGGAUCAUAUAAUUAUCAACACAGUGAAAUUGAUGAUAUUGAAAAUGUUAAUACUUUACCAACUUCUCUUAAUCUUCAAAAUAUUGAAGGGGAUACAUUUGAAAAAUGGAUAAAGGCAGAAAAUUUUUAUGAAAAUGAAUUACUUCCAAUAAGAUCAAAAAUCAUUGAUGAAUCAGAUCUAGAUGAUCCAUAUAGAAUUGUGAUUUUUGAUGAUAUUUGUAGUUUUUUAUUUGAUUUGACUUCAAAUGAAUCACGUCUAGAGCUGUUAUAUGCAUGUUUUGAUUUUGUUGGAACAUCUUUUAAUCCUUCUUAUUCAUCAUCAAAUCCUUUGAUAAUUGAUUCAUUUUUGAAUUCUAAACUUGCAAAUGAAUUAAUAUCAGAAAAUAAAUCAAACAAUUUAUUUAAAUCUGAAAAUUGGCCUUCAAUUUGUGAUGAUAUUGAAAGUUAUAAUAUAAAUAUGAAUUUUGCAAGAAAUGCCAUCUCCCAAAUAUCACAAUGUAUAAAUGAUCCAGGGAUUAAAUUAUGUCAAUUAGCAUUAGAGCAAUUAUAUGAUGUUUCAAGUGCAAAAAAUCUUGCAAGAAAUAUGUUGGAAAAAGAAUCAACAAACUUAUCAUUUUGGAAUGGAUAUGCAUUACUUGAAAAAUCAAUGAAUAAUAUAACAGAUGCACAAAAAGUUUAUCUUGCAACACUUUCACAAUAUCGAAAAUUUCCUGAAGAAUAUAAACAAGAUGUACCACUAAUUUAUCGAAUGUUUGCAGAAAUGGAAAUUGAACAACAUCAUUUGAAAACUGCUCUAAAUGCACUUGUUAAUAUAACAGAGACUCAAAUAGUGAUGAUAGAUUCAAUAUCAGAAAUGGAUGUGCCUAGUAUAAAAAUAUUAAAAGCCAGGAAGUAUUUUUCUCAACAGUUGGCAAGUCUUACAUCGUCAUCAGCUUCAAAGAUAGAUUUGUACAAUUUCUUAAAUUAUUCUAUAUGUUUAGCAUUUUUGGAAUAUACAAGUAGAGGGUUACAACAUGCUUGUAAAGUAUUUGACGAAUCAUUAGAAAAUAUAGAGCAUUCUUUAAUAUGUGAUACGUCAGAAAGAGAAGAGACAUUUAAAAUUUUGCAAGAUCUACUAAUUAGGGCUUUGGAUGCUUUUCCCAAUAAUACGAUUUUUUUGUCUUUGUUUUUGCAUGAAGAAACUAAUGGAAAUAUUCCUACAAGUUUAAAUCAAAUGUUAGAAAAUAUGUUAAAAAAAAAUCCAAACCAUAUUCUUUGGACUUUUGCCAUUUUUUCCGAAUUACAUAGUCAACAUCCCUAUGAUGUUCACCGAGUCCGAAAUCUAUUUGAUAAAGCACUUGAAUGUCCAAAUAAAGCCAAGAUUUUGUAUUACAAUGCAAUAAGAGAAUGUCCAUGGUCAAAAGAUUUGUAUAUGAUAGCAUUUCGAAAACUACGUUCUCAAUUUUCAACUGAAGAAUUAAAUGAGGUGAUGAAUGUAAUGUUAGAAAAAGAGAUCCGUUUAAGAGUUUCAAUGGAAAAAUUUACCGAAGAAAAGGAACAAGAAGAAACAAUGACCAAUAUAGUCCAAUGA